AUGUUCAGCUUCGGAGAAAGAGUGGGCCUUCUUUUCACUGUUCAAGCCGCCACCGUGACUGCGGCGUGCAACACCAGUAUCCUGGUGUUUGUCGUUUACAAACGAUUUAAAAGAGCGCGACGAGGGAACAUUCUUACAACAGACGCAACCGACUCAAGCUUAUUCAUAAAUCUGAUGAUCGCCGACCUGGUUCAAGCCAUGGGAAAUAUUCUUAACGUUCAAUGGAUUAAGGAAGCGGUGAACUACCAGGUGUUCCUACGUUCCAAACAUUGGCUGAUAUUGUCACGACAGGAAAUAACAGAAGGUUCGCUCUGCAGAGCGCAGGCAGUGCUGAAGCAGUUGGGAAGUGACUCUGUAGCUCUCACAUGCCUGGCCAUCACGCUCCAGACCUUUUUCACCCUCAUAUUGAGAUGGAACAUUCGCAGAACCGCUUCGAAACUCACCAUCCUCGGAAUUUGGGCAUUCACAGGUCUUGUAAUUGGGAUACCCUAUGCCGCUACCCGGACACAGCGAUACUAUGGCCCGACGGGUUAUUGGUGUUGGAUCCUCUCGACCCACAAAACGGCGCAGCUGAUGUCCCAAUACCUAUACAUGUGGUCCACUGCGAUCCUCAUGGUCAUUCUAUACGGCAUAAUGUUCCUGAUCAUGCACAAUGGAAUGAUUGAUGAGGAAGUUGAUAAAGAGAGCAAAAAAGUGGCGAGGAGGCUACUCUUCUACCCGGUGGUCUACGUCGUCUGCGUGGCACCAUUAUCCGUAACCCGGUGGAUGGGUUUCCAGGGAGACAACGUCUCAUACCAAGUUUUACUGUUUUCCAGUACUCUGUAUGCCCUUACGGGUUUCUUCAACCUUAUCCUGUUCUCCAUCACCCGCCCUGCCCUCUUAAGCGAUCCAUCAACAGUUAAAAUGGAUGCCACUCCUCUAUCUCCAAUCCCCAACUCUCAUCGCUAUCAUCCCGGCCAAGAAUCACGAAGACCUGUUUAUCCUGGAAAUUACGGAUACCUCCCAGAUGCAUCCGUUACUGGCUCAGAUAUGGACCAAGGCCAAUUGAUGGAUGGUGGCCCUGAAGGUUUAGGUAAUAGCACCACAUCGAAUCCGAUAGGCGCGUCAGGUGGGCUUGUCCCAAGGAUGGAGUCAGGAAAUUUAGAAAACGAGAGGGUGCAUCACACACACAACGUCCAGAAUUACCAUACGCAAUUUUCGUCAUCGUUCGCUGGCGGCGAUCGUGAAGGUCCUGCUACAGGGACCUGGAACGGUCGUGAUUCCAACUUGGAUUACACCUCCGCUGUUGACGAAACGGAUGAUUAUGGUCGUCUGCCUGGAUAG